CACCUUGUUGAGCUUGUUGUUUAAUUGUAUUCUCUAACGUCUGUCGUACAGUUCUGCGGCUCUGCGCCCACUCGACCAAAUACCAGUCUGCGACACCGCGCCCAUCGAGGCAUACGACGUAUUUUCCUCCUCGAAGCAUUAUUUGUUUAAUGUCCAUAUUAUCUGUAUUUGUUUACGAACCAUAGUGUUGUUAUUUUGGUAACUAAUUGUUCCUACUACAAUGGGCAAAGUUGCAACAGCAGAAGCUCUUCGCUUCAUGACAGAUUGCUUAAAAGCAGUCGGUGCUACGGCGAGUGCAGCUCAGCAGCAAGCUGAGCUGUUGAUAGAAGCUGAUAGAGUGGGACACCCGAGCCAUGGACUUAAUCGACUAGAAAUGUACGUGAAUGACAUUUUGUCUGGAGCAUGUAAGCCAAACAAUCAACCAAAGAUUUUAAAAGAAAACGCAUCAACGGCGUGGGUGGACGCCAACGGUGUCCUAGGAGCGACUUCCAGUCAUUUCGCGAUGGAUAUAGCUAUAAACAAAGCUAAACAAACCGGAGUUGGAUGGGUUACUGUAAAAGGUUCGAAUCAUAACGGUAUGGCAGGCUAUUGGUCCAAGAAAGCUGCAGACAAGGGUCUGAUUGGUAUGGCAUUCACGAACACUUCUCCGCUACUGGCCCCGACUAGAAGUAAAAAGUCAGCAUUAGGAACUAAUCCUAUAUCAGUAGUAGCGCCAGGAUCAGACAAUGAAACGUUUUACUUGGAUAUGGCGACCACAGCUGUUGCCGUCGGUAAGAUUGAAAUGCAAAUGAGGAAAGGCGAAAAACUACCAAAAGGUUGGGCGCAAGAUCCCGACGGAAAAGAGACGCAAGAUGCUGAACUCGCUUACAAGACAAGUUCCUUAAUGCCACUCGGCGGAGGAGAAGAAACAUCGGGUUAUAAGGGAUAUGGAUUAGCGGCAAUGGUAGAAAUCUUUUGUGGGAUAUCUUCAGGUUCAAACUACGGGCAUAAAAUUCGCUCGUGGUCCCAUAGUGGGGAAGGUCCAGCUAACUUGGGCCAAUGUUUCGUUGCUAUUGAUCCGGAGAACUUCGCCCCAGGUUUUGGAGACAGAUUGACUGAUUGUAUGAGACAUUGGAGACAGUUAGAACCCACGGAUAAUAAUCUACCAGUACUAGCACCUGGUGACAAGGAAAAAAAAGCUGCACGAAUUACAGAUGAAAACGGAACUGUUUCAUAUGUCAAGCAACAGCUGGAUUCAAGCGCUGCACUCGCUGAAAAGUUAUCGGUUAAACCUAUGAAUAUUGUAAAUUACUAAAAACGUGUAUACAAAGUUUGAUAAAUAAGUAUUAAAUAUAUUUGUGUAUGUA